UAUUGGUUGAUGCUGACUGAUAUUUGGUAAUUGCUGACGAAUAACAGACAUAUUACUAAGCAAGGGCAUUACCAACGACUUCAAGUUCAUUGAUCUCCUAUUUCUCGCCAGUACAUAGGACUAUGUAGGUUACAUAUCUACUCCUACCGAGUUAUAUACAUAUUAUUGAAUCCCUUAUGGACUCUGUUAGGUUCGUUACAAGAUCGGUUCUUUUCGGAUCACUUAUUAUUGCAAUCGUGGCUGUGCUAUUCUCUACACCGUUAUCCCGUAUAUUGUCCCCCUUUUCAACUUGGAGACCUGCAUUCUCGUUGCUGUUGCGGCAUCAAAUAUCCAAUCAAACAUCAACAUACACUUCUCACGCAAUGUCAGCUACUAGACCCCCAGUAUAUUUCUUCAGUCAUGGAGGACCAACAGUGCAGUACGAUACAGGUCAUCCCGCCUAUCCAAUUCUCCAGAGGAUUGGCAGAGAGAUCACCGAAAAGGUGAAACCUAAAGCCGUGGUAGUUUUCUCGGGCCACUGGGAGGCUGAGCGCGACAGGAUUGAAGUCAACUCAGCGGAGCACACAGACUUGAUUUACGACUUUUAUGGGUUUCCGCCCGAGUUCUAUAAAGCUCAGUAUCCGAACAGGGGAAGUCCUGAACUGGCAUUCAAGAUAAUUCAUCUCUUGACAGAAGCUGGCAUCAAAGCAAAGGGGGUAACCAGAGGUCUCGAUCAUGGUGUAUGGUCGGGCUUUAACGUUGCGUUCAACCCCAAAGACAACCCUCUCAAUGUUCCCCUGGUUCAGGUAAGCCUGUAUGCCAAUCAAGAUGUAGACAUGCACUACAAACUUGGAGAAGCCGUUGCUUCUCUACGCGAUGAGAACAUCGUGAUCAUCGGUGCGGGGAUGUCUGUACACAAUCUCAGGGACAUGCUUACUUCUCGAUUUGAUCCUCGGCCUAUGCCUUACACGGCGUCUUUUGAUGAGGCUCUGAAAGAAGCCGUUGAAUCUCCACCAAGCGAGCGCCAAGCCCGUAUGAGAGAAGUCGCCAAACGGCCAGAUGCCAGACAAGCUCACCCUCGAUUUGACCACUUGAUGCCGGUGUAUGUAGCAGCUGGUGCGGCUGGUGGUGAUGCGGGCAAGAGAACAUGGACACUACACGAAGGCAGUAUGGGCUGGGCUCAAUACACUUUCGGAGAGGUCCCUAAGCCGUAAUCGGGGACUCACCAAUGAAUAAUAUAGUUAAUUGCUCAUAAAAUUGGAAUUUUCCAAAGUAUGGUUCUUCGCAAAAUGCCUGCCAUGUGCAUUCUUGGUGAUACAGGCACCCUGGGUCUUCAUUUGGCAAACACCUUUGUGGCCUCACCUCGCUUCAAGAAUUUCCACACCUCGUUUUGCAAGCCAGAACCCUAAAAGCACAAUCUCUGGAGGUCUCUAGCGUCAUUCCUGCACCAGGGCAUGGAGGAAAAAGCCUCAAGCUGGUAGACGCCAUCAGCAGCUACGACCAGCCCCUUCUGUGCCUAUAUGCGAACUUCAUAUCCGAACUUCAACGAGCAAAUCCCCUAGUGGGUUACCUAGUUUGAAUGCUAUCUGGAACUAAAGAGGUAUCGGAAUUCAAACUUGUAAAUGAGAAGAUUGUCGACAAGCUACAUUUGUAUAUUGAAGUAAGAAGUUCGUAACCGGAGAAAUCACAGAGAAAAUGGACAAAAAGAAUGAUCGCGUCCAGGUUCGAACUGGAGACCUUCAGUGUGUUAGACUGACGUGAUAACCAACUACACCACG